AUGUCCUCCUCUUCGUUUACAAGCCCGUCCAAGCAUUCUGAGAAGGACCUCAAGCUUAUCUCUCUCUUAUACGCCGAAUUGACCUAUUCUGAAUCACCGAGUGCACACCUCGGCCCAGGAUCAAGUCAGUUGUCGAAAACGUGUACCGAAUCCUCAUACACGCCUCUCCCAACAAAACGCUCUCGUCGUGGUGCAAACCCACGAAGAUCGUCCACGACUUCUGGAGUAGCACACUGCUCCACCUCAAAGCCUUUUUCUUGCCCUUCGACCUCGACUUCGCCAUCCUCGCACAUAAAUUCUCAACGAGGGAGGAAAAGGUCUACCUCGCACGAACAAUCCUCUCGACAGCUUCCUCAGCCCCAAUGCCCUUAUAUUUCCCCCGCCCUCGUCGGUUUUGCCCUUAAAGCCUCAUACGCUAUUCACGAGAACCUCUCCGCACUGGGCGGCGGCGAUUCGCCAUCGAACCAACCUGGCUUGACCGCCUCUCCCAGCAUAUCUGAGAACUUAUGCGCACUGGGCUCUCAGUCACCUUCUCCCCGCCGUUCACCAAAGGCUGGCCUCUACGGCGCCGUACGUGAGCCCGCUAGCGUGUCGGAAUAUCAGGCUCCCGUUACCGAUAAGUCGCCUUCUCCUCGUCCUUUGCCUACUCCUCGCCGGUCACCUAAAGCUGGGAUCUGCGGUAGUGUCCGUGAGCCAGUUGGAGUUUCGUCGGCAUGCACCUCACGGCCCUUGCCGAAGACUGGUCUAUAUGGCGACCGACGGGGCCCUUCUUCCGUCUCACCGUCACUUCCUUCUGCCACGGCCCUCAUUGCGCCUACUCCUCGUGAAGACCGGGUCCGUGUCAGCGUUCGGAGCGCCAGCAGUCGUCACCAGCGCAAGGCCAGCAGGAAAGGGAAGGUGGUCAGGAAGUCGUCCGGCUUGCGUGUCUCGGCAAUUCUUUACUGCGCCAGGCAAGCUGAAGCGGCGGCACGGGCUCGUCAAUUGGCUACCGGCACUGAUGAGCAGCGCGCUCAACAAGAGGAAGCACAGCGACUUCGGGAGGAACGAUUGGCCAAGCAGGCAGAGGAGAAGCGGCUGGCGGAUGAGAAGCGGGAAAAGUCAAAGCAGAAGGCGAUUAAGAAGCGCAUUCAGCAAGCCCGCAAGGAGGCCAAGGAGGAGCGCAGGCAGUUCAGGGCCAGUAAACGGGCAUCCAAGGUUGAAGGCUAUAUUUCGGAGCUUCGCACACAAGCGAUGAAUAUAGACGUCCAACUGCUGUUUGCGUAG